CACCCAUCAAGUUGCCGCUCGCAGCCUACCUGACGAUGCAGCUAAGGAUCCAUCAUCUACCCCGAGCAUGCCAGUGCGCAAUUAGCGUCACUUCAUCUCAACUCAGACGGUCGGUCCGAUCUUCAAGAUGUCUGACGACGAGAGUAUGUACGAUGAAUCCAGACACGAAGAUGCGCCUAGCCGUGCAGACUUUGAGAAACAGUUAGACAAGGAGUACCCCAACCGCCCUCGCAACCAUGGCAAGACUCUUCCGUUUCACACCCUCUUCGAGGACCUCUUCAAUCCUUUGAUUGACAACAGGCAGAAGAAGCCAACAGCAGCCAUUGUCAACCGCAGAAAAGUAGGUCCAGAUGGCCACUCCAAUCUCUCUCCAUCUGAGAGGCGGCGCGCAAUCAUUGAACGAUACAUUGCUCGGUGGCGUAAGGAGGUCGGCCCUGACUUCUUCCCAGCCUUCCGUCUUAUCAUCCCAGACAAAGACCGUGAACGUGGCGUAUACGGGCUUAAAGAGAAGAUCAUCGCCAAACUACUUAUCAAGAUCAUGAAGAUCGACAAGAACUCCGAAGACGGAUACAGUCUGUUGAACUGGAAACAGCCUGGUCAGACGGCCGCGUCGCGCAUGGCGGGAGAUUUCGCAGGUCGCUGCUAUGAAGCCCUUUCAAAGCGACCCAUGAGGGUCGAAGUUGGAGACAUGACCAUUGGAGAAGUCAAUGAGCUCUUGGAUAAGUUGUCAGGAGCUCCAAGAGAGGAGAACCAGCUUCCGAUCUUGGCCGAGUUUUACAAGCGCAUGAAUGCGGAAGAGCUGAUGUGGUUGAUUCGUGUGAUUCUGAAACAGAUGAAAGUGGGUGCUACCGAGAAGACCUUUUUCCACCUCUGGCACCCUGACGCAGAGAGUCUCUUCAACGUUUCCAGCAACCUACGAAGAGUGUGCUGGGAACUGUACAGCCCCGAAGUCCGUCUCCAAGACGAAGAGGCUGGAGUCGCCCUGAUGCAGUGUUUCCAGCCUAUGCUAGCCCAAUUCAAGCAAGAAUCUCUCAAUAAGGUCGUCGAGGCUCUGAGGCCAACCCCCGAUGACCCCGAGUUCUGGAUUGAGGAGAAACUAGACGGUGAACGCAUACAGAUGCAUAUGGUCACCGACGACACCCAGCCAGGCGGGAGACGCUUCCGAUUCUGGUCCCGAAAAGCCAAAGACUACACCUAUCUGUACGGCGACGGUUUUCACGACCCAAACGGCGCGCUCACUCCGCACAUCAAAGAUUGUUUCGCAGACGGGGUAGAGAACAUCAUCCUCGAUGGGGAAAUGAUAACGUGGGACCCCAAUGAAAAAGCAUUGGUGCCUUUCGGAACGCUAAAGACUGCCGCACUGGCGGAACAACGCAAUCCUUUCGGCCAAGGCCACCGACCUGUUUUCCGAAUCUUCGACAUACUUUUGCUGAACGAUCAGCCUCUGAGUCGUUAUACCCUGCGAGAUCGCCGCAAAGCGUUGGCUGCCAGCGUAAAAAGUCUACCCGAACGCUUCGAAAUCCAUGAAUACACUGUGGCAACAAAAGUGGAAGAUAUUGAAGACCUUCUUCGGAAGGUCGUGGCUGAGGCUUCCGAGGGUUUGGUCCUCAAGAACCCAAGAUCCAUGUAUCGUCUAGAUGACCGUUCAGGCGACUGGCAGAAAGUCAAGCCAGAGUACAUGGAUGGAUUUGGAGAGGAGCUUGACUGUCUUAUCAUUGGCGGCUUUUAUGGUUCGGGGAGACGUGGCGGAAACCUAUCUAGCUUUCUUUGCGGCCUGCGUGCCUCAGGCCAGGCUGUGCAACGAGUGACCCAGUCUCAAAGUCAGAGCCAAAGCCAUAGUCAACGACGUCAACAAAAGUCCCUCAGUCAAAGCCAAAGCCAGGAUCAAGCCGCGCAGCGGCAGCAGACUCAAUCUCAGGCCCAAGCUGAAGGAGGUGAAUUGUCCGAAACCAAGGGCCCGACCGAGAAUUUUAUUUCCUUCUUCAAGGUUGGUGGUGGCAUGACGGCCAACGAUUACGCGACUAUCCGCCACGCCACAGACGGGAAAUGGCAUCCCUGGGAUUCCCGUCGGCCGGCUGCAAAAGACUAUAUCGACCUGGGAAACUUGAGCUUGCUUAAGGAGAGACCAGAUAUGUGGAUCAAACCUUCCGACUCACUCGUUGUGCAGGUGAAAGCUGCACAAGUCACAAUCAGCGAAGACUAUGGUUUUGGGAAGACAUUGCGGUUUCCUCGCUUCAUGAGACUCAGAAGGGACAAAGAUUGGAAGACCGCCCUCUCUGUCAAUGAGUUUGAAGAUCUACAAAUCAAAGCCGAGCAUGAGGAGAAGGAGAAAGCGAUGAAAGUUGACCAGCAGCGCAAGGAGAAACGCAAGGGCCGCGCUGGCGGAUAUGCGAGUAGGAAGAAACCGCUCACGGUGGCCGGAUACAAUGCCAGAGAUGUGAACAAUGUCAAGUUGCCGGAGGGACCGAGGGGAACCGUCUUCGAAGGAUUGACUUUCUAUAUCAUGACGGAAUCCGCUCUGCCUGGGGAUCGAAAAAAGUCGAAACUCGAGCUGGAAGCCCUGGUCAAGGCGAAUGGCGGCAAAAUCGUGCAAACAGCAGCUCCAACCUCUGAAGAUCAGGAAACUGUGGUGUGCAUCGCUUCCCGCAGAACUGUCAAAGUGGCAUCUCUGGAGAAGCGCGGUGAAAAGGAAAUCGUCAAGCCGAUGUGGAUCUUUGACUGCAUUGACCAAGCGAAGCGGGACUUCGCUAGAGGAUAUGCGGAAGAGAUGGUCGUUCCCUUGGAGCCUGAACGGCACCUCUAUUUCAUCCCGGACAACAUGAGAGAGCUGUUCGAGGAUAACGUGGACGAGUAUGGGGAUAGCUUUGCGAGGGAUGUAAGUGAGGAGGAGCUGAAAGAGAUUAUGACCAAGAUGGGCAUUGUCGACAUUGAAGAAGAGGAAGGAGAGAGAAUUCCAGACCUCUUCGGCGACGAGUUCCUCAAUAUGAAGGGGUUCAUGUUACACGGGCUGGUACUCUUCUUCGAUCAGCCCAUUCCCGCGGCGCAGAAGGCAACAGCACCAUUGUCGAGCUCGAACUCGAAGACCACCUCGAAGACCGCAGCGGUGACGGCAACUUACUGUACCCAAGCGCUUGCCCAGUUCGCGGGUGCCCACCUCCUCUCACCCACGUACACCGCCCUUUCGUCGGUGCCCUCCAACCUUCGAUCGACGAUCACCCAUAUCAUCGCCGACCCUGCUUCAGAUCUCGGAGGCUUGAGGAGACAGGUCUCGCGGUGGGGGACGAGGAAAAUCCCACGAAUCGUGACCCGCGAGUGGAUUGAUAUUUGUUGGAAAGAGGGAACGAGAGUUGACGAGGAGGCAUACAUCGCCAGAUGAGAAGACCAACUUUUCCCCGAGAAGGGACAACACCCCACGGCGCAUAAGGAGACGUCGACCCAUGCAGUCCCUCUCCUCUCCUCUCCAGUCCAGUCCUGGCAUGCUCAUGUUGGCCAUCCAAACUCUUGGCGCCACUCGUCUGGAAAUCUCGACAAACGAGUCACGAUGGAGCCGGCUUGUUCUGACUAGAUACAUAGAUACCUACCUACCUACCUACCUACCUAGAUACUAUGUCCGUACCCAGGGGCACCAGGAGACAAGAGUCCUCGCCACACCACACCUCACCACCCAACACCACGAAAUGUACUCGGUAGACGGGGGCUGCUUCCGCUGGCUCAUAGACUCAAAGGAUGAGGUACACGGGAGUAUAUGGUACACAAAGUACUAGGAAACCUCAGGGAGUUGUUCCCCCUCCAUGCCCUCGGCAGUCGGGGAUCCUAAAACAUGCCGUGAACGUAGUAUUGAAUAUCCAGCCAUCUCAAGGCAUGUAUUCCGUACAAAUACCUAUCGCGAAACAGCGCUCAGACUACUUUUCCAUAGAGACAACUUCCUUUCGUCACGGGUCCCUCACAAGGUCCGAGUCGUAUCUGAAGCCCAAC